AAUGGAAACACCUUACACUAUUAAUGUUCAAAACCAAGUUGAAUAACAGACAAGGUUUUUCUUGUAUUUUGGUUAUAACAAUGGUGUAAUUUCGGAGAAGCGAAGAUUGUAGUAAAAUAUGUUUCCAGGACUUGGUAUAUUUGAUGCAUUUCCAAGGAUAUUCAACAAGCAAUUUCGAUGCUAUUCUGUAGCGCUUUGUCCUGGAAAUGAGAGAGAAGAUGUGGAAAAAGGAGGAAAGAUUAUCAUGCCUCCAUCAGCCUUGGAUAUUUUAACACGUCUAAAUAUUGUCUAUCCCAUGUUGUUCAAACUUACAAACAAUAAUGCAAAGAGAUAUACUCAUUGUGGUGUUCUGGAGUUUGUGGCUGACGAAGGCAAAGUUUUCAUACCUCAUUGGAUGAUGCGUAACCUAUGUCUUGACGAGGGACAAAUUCUUCAAGUUGAAACAGCUACAUUACCUGUCGCAACUUAUUCAAAAUUUCAACCUCAAUCAACAGAUUUUCUUGAUAUUACAAACCCCAAGGCUGUUUUAGAAAAUGCAUUGAGAUCUUACGCAUGUCUAACUGUUGGUGAUGUUAUUGCUAUAACGUAUAACAAAAAGGUUUAUGAGUUUCUAGUACUUGAAGCCAAACCAGGUCGAGCAGUUUCCAUCAUUGAGUGCGAUAUGCAGGUUGAAUUCGCCGCACCUGUAGGCUACGUUGAACCGCAAAGGCAACCCAAGAAAGAUAUUCCAGAAGAGGAGAUUGAGGAUGAAAUCGAUGUUGGUUUUCAGGCGUUCUCUGGAUCUGGAUUUCGUCUUGACGGUAAAAAAAAGAAAAAUUGUACAUCAAAUACACCUGUUUCCUCUGAACAUGUUGAUAAAAAACGUGGAAUACCUAACUAUGAUUACUGUAAAGGAACACUCACAUUUAAAAGAGUUUUCAAAUCAAAUAAUUUCCAGAAGAAAGAGAACGAGAGCAACGAAUUCUCUCCUUUUGCCGGAAGUGGUCAACAGUUGAGACCAAAAAGAAGUCGCAAAAGAAUGGAAUGAGCGUUUGGUUUGGAAACUUUGAUUAAUGAAAAAAGAGUUGAACGAGAAUUACCUGAUGUUGUCAUUUAUUGAAGAACUAUAGACUUUUCUUUAAAAUUGUGUGAAAUUGCUUAAACUAUAAUCUUAGUGGUGAAAAUAUGAAAUUAUCUGAACUAUGGUGUUUUCCAUGAAAUAUACUCUUUCACAUAAAA